AGAGGUGAAGUAGCUUGUAGGGUGAUUAAAACAGCGAGGAAGCUGGGAGUUCAAACUGUUGCUAUCUAUUCGGAAAUCGAUCGACAUUCGCGUCAUGUCAAAUUAGCCGAUGAAGCUUAUUUGGUCGGACCAGCUCCUUCCACUCAAAGUUACUUGAACAUGGACAAAAUCGUUCAGUUAUGUAUCAGAAGUGGUGCACAGGCGGUUCAUCCCGGUUGGGGAUUUCUUUCAGAGCGUGCGGAAUUUGCCGAAAAAUUAAAAUCGGCAGGAAUCACUUUUAUUGGUCCACCUAGUUCUGCUAUUAUAAGUAUGGGCUCUAAGAGCGAAUCCAAGGAGAUCAUGAUCAAUGCAAAUGUACCAUGUGUACCUGGUUAUCAUGGUGAAAAUCAAGACCCAAACUUUUUAAAAGAAGAAGCAAGAAAGAUAGGUUAUCCUGUUCUGAUUAAAGCAAUCAAAGGUGGUGGUGGAAAAGGAAUGAAAAUCGUUUUCCAAGAAUCGGAAUUUGAAAAUCAACUUGAAAGUGCUCAAAGAGAAGGACAACAGAGUUUUGGUGAUGGGACUGUUCUUCUAGAGAAAUAUCUGCUUAAUCCUCGACAUGUAGAAGUACAGGUUUUUGGAGAUCAACAUGGCAAUUAUGUACAUUUGUAUGAACGUGAUUGUUCAGUUCAACGUAGACACCAAAAGAUCAUUGAAGAAGCACCAGCACCUGGUUUAUCAUCUGAAUUAAGGGCAGAGCUAGGUGCAAAAGCAGUGGCAGCUGCUAAAGCUGUUGGAUAUGUUGGAGCUGGAACAGUUGAAUUCAUACUGGAUUCUGAUGGAAAAUUUUAUUAUAUGGAGAUGAAUACAAGGUUACAAGUCGAACACCCGAUCACUGAAAUGAUUACAGGACAAGAUUUAGUUCAAUGGCAACUUGAAAUUGCAUCUGGAAAUAAGAUUCCAUUAAAGCAAAAUGAAAUUCCUUGUAAUGGACAUGCAUUUGAAGCUAGGAUUUAUGCUGAAAACCCUCGUAGGAAUUUCUUGCCAGAUGUUGGGAAACUCUUGCAUCUUUCGACGCCGCAAGAGAACGAGUCUGUGAGGGUAGAAACGGGUGUAGAUGUAGGCGAUGAGAUUAGUGUUUACUAUGACCCGAUGAUUGCAAAAUUAGUCGUCCAUUCACCAAAAGAUCGUACAACAGCACUUCGUUUAUUAAAUGAAAAAUUACACCAGUAUGAAAUCGUAGGACCUUCAACAAACAUUGAGUUUUUAAAAAACCUAAGUUUUCAUCCAGCUUUUAUGAAAGGAGAAGUCGAAACUGGAUUUAUUGAAAAAUACAAAACAGAUUUAUUUCCAGAAUUACCAACAUCAGUUUCCAAAACUGAUCUAAUCAAGACUGGAGUUUUUUUAGCUUCUAAUGAAAUUGAAAGAAAACGAUCUUCAUCUGGUUCUCCUUGGGAUAGUUUGUAUGGUUGGAGAAUGUAUACAUCUACAACUUCUUCUGCGAAACCUACAAGAGUAGAAGUAGAGAUUCGGUCUGGACAACCUGGGUUUUCUGUCACUAUCAAUGAUGGACCUCAUGAAGGAGAAAAAACCGUAGCUCAAGCUACACUUUUCCCUUCAUCUGAAUCACAUCCGAAUGCAAGAAGAUUCGAAACAACCAUUGAAGAUAAAGUCACCAGCUCAACUCAUGUUUCACAACCUAGUCUUGGUGUAUCCAACUUUUCAAUCAAACAUCAUUUAUUUUCAAAUGAAGGUGUUACUCAAUUGAUUUCUCCUUGGCCUAAAUGGUUUGAAUCAAUUCAAGGAAUUCAAAACACCAAAGAAGGAAAAGAAGGAACCGUUAGAGCUUUGAUGCCUUCUAAAGUCAUCAAAGUCAUGGUGAAAAAAGGAGAUAAAGUGGCAGUAGGUGAUGAGUUGAUCAUUCUUGAAGCUAUGAAAACUGAGGUUGUUUUGAAAUCUCCAAGAGAUGGAGUUGUUCAAGAAAUUAAAGCUCAAUUAGGUGGUAUGGUAAGUGAAGGACAAGAUUUAGUAGUCUUUGAAUCUUGA